UAAAAUUUUCCAGCAUCCACUAACCCAACCCUGGCUUGAGGUGCCAUUGAUUGAGUGUGUGUCGCUUUUCCUUCUUCAUAGAUAGCAAUUACGUAUUCGACAACACUUGUUGAUCGUUUCUGUUUCUGAUAACAAUGUCGAAUCGAUUCAGUCAAGGAAGGCAAGACACUAGUACCAACAACAACAACAACAAGGGUUUCAACAAAUCACACAAGAAAUUUCUCCCCAAAAACCCCAACCCGAAACCAACCCUUUCAGCUUCCCUCAGAGAAUCUGGUUCCGGUAGCAGUAGCGGUAAUCCGUCAGGUAGCGACGUUGGCAAUGGCAAUUUCGUCAAAUACUUGCCGCAAGACGAGGCUGUGGCAGCUGGUCUUGGCGCUGAGGAUGGCGGUUUGGAUCCCAUCGAAUCUCAGAGAGUCGUUGAUCUUCUCAAUUCUGAGUUGUCUCGGUUGCUCAAGUUGAAACCUAAAGAAUUCUGGAAACAAGUGGCUGCUGACACCUCCUUGCAUGCGUUUCUGGAUAGCUUCUUGCAAUUUAGGAGCAGGUGGUAUGAUUUCCCUCACCGUGGGGUUAAAGGGAUUCUUGCAGGUGUUAUUGUUGGAGAGAUUGAUUUGAGUCGCCGCGUGUUCAUGGUAUUGUAUCGAAUUUCUUCCAAUAAAGAUCCUGGUGGUCGGCCUGCUGAUACACUCAGUUCUAGAGACCAUGGAGUUCUUUUGCAGGAGAAGAAGUUGCUUGAACUGCCGAAGUUGUUAGAUAUAUGUGCCAUAUACUAUCAUGAAAAUGAAGAAUUGACAAGAUUGCUGGUUAGAAAUGCUUUGAGUGCUCAGCCUUGGAUCCAUAAUAGUUUGCCUUCAGUAAUAUCCCAUUUUAUGGGUAUUGUCAGCACAAUGCACGAACGUUGCAGUUCUUCAUUGGAGGUCUUAUUUUCUUCUGGAAGUCCUGAUAACCAGAAUGCAACUUUUCUUCAAGCUGAUCUACUGGAGGUGAUGGACUUUAUAAAUGAUGCAAUCGUAUCAUUGGAUGCUUUUGUUAAUACAUUCGAACCAGCAGCUGUAUUCUUCUCUUGUCCAGUGGAAAUGAGCUAUGGGAAUGAGGAACUGCUAAGUCUCCUUGCCCGAUUGCAUGAUUCGCUAAUUCCAUCCUUGCAAAAGGGAUUCCAAAUCAUUUUUGCUGACAAACAAGAUGACAGAGUGUCUAAUACCUUGGUUAGUUUGAAGAUGUUGAGAAUAAGAUUGGUGAACUUUGGGUGGCAACUUUUGCACUUCUGCUAUCUAAGUGAUGAAGUGUUCAGAGAUAGCAUCCCCCUUGCUGCGGUCACGAAGAUGUUUCCUGCCAAUGUAGAGGACCCAGUCAUCAGAGCUGAUAUUCUGGUUCAAACACUUAGAGAGAUCAAUUCAGUAUCAUUAUGUUUUCAGGAAAUCCUCCCGAAGAAAACAUUUCUUCAAGAUGUUGAAAGGAACUUCAAUUUAUUAAGCAGGAUUGAGAGAUUAAAGGAUAAUGGAUGGAUAUUCAUGGAUGAUGAACAGUUUCAAUAUAUAUCUGGGAUUUUGAGUUCUCCAAAAGAGAUUUCUAAGGAGUCAAGUUCUACAAUGACCACUGUGCCGAACCAAGCAUUGCGGAUGGAUGAAGAUGCGGCUAUUAUAGAGUCAAAGAUCAGUCAAAUUAGGGACCUGUUCCCUGAUUAUGGUAAAGGGUUCUUAGCUGCCUGUCUCGAGGUUUAUGACCAGAAUCCAGAAGAGGUUAUUCAAAGAAUUUUAGAGGAUACCCUUCAUGAAGAUCUGCGGUGCUUGGAUACUUCUCUAGAGACAGUUCCACAGUCAUUAGCCAAGACCACCACUGUGAGCAGAAUUGAUAAAGGAAAAGGUAAAUUAAUUGAUUCUACGUCAGUGUCCUCAAAUACAGUUGUUGUUAGUGGGAAGCAACAGACAGAAGCGCCAUUGAUGCCAUCCUCUGCUCCGCUAGGGAAAUUUAUUAGGAAAUCUAGAGCUGAUGCGCCUCCUGAUCUCAGUAUUUUGGAUAAAAAGGAUGAGAAAGAUGUAUUGAAAACCGCUAUGCUUUCACAAUAUGAAUAUGAUGAUGAGUAUGAUGACUCUUUUGAUGACUUGGGUCUAAGCGUGGGGGACUCUGGAUUAGAAGAAAAUGAAAUACUCGGUGACAAAAUGAAUGCAAUGCCCCAAUCUUGGGCAAAAGAAACUGGAAACUCCGGCCAAAAUGCCCCUAAUGCAAAAUGGGGCUCCAAGAAAAAGCCACAGUUCUAUGUCAAGGAUGGUAAAAAUUACAGCUACAAAGUGGCAGGUGCAACAGCAGUUGCAAAUUCUGAUGAGGCUUCAUUACUUAAUCAAGCUCAGAAAGAAUUAAUACAUGGUCUUGGACGUGGCGGCAACCAUCCUUUUGGUGCGGUGAGGAAGUUCACAGAAUUCAAGGAUAAUGAUAACCAGUCCCAUGUUUCUGAAACAGAAGGCAGAGGGGUUUUGGGCAAUCCUAGAAAUAGGGGAAGGAAUGAAGGGGGAAAACAAACUGAACCUCAUCAACCACAGGAGACACAGUCUAAUGGUUCUGAGAUGGAAGGACAAGAUCAUGUUUCAAAUAACAGGGGCAGAGGGAGAGGCAGAGGGAGGGGAGGUGGAAGAAGCAACCAUUACAGGAAAGACCAAGCCAUGAAGAAGCAUUUCUCUGGAUUGGGUGGUUUUUAAGUACAUAAGCGAAUCAACAUACAUACAUUUCAUACUUGUCGAGUUACCAUACAUCUGCAUGUGGUCGGUAACCUUUUGGCUAGUGUCUCUACAUGUGAAACCCAAUUUUUGGCAGCAUUGGAGUUCAAUGUGGUGCAUCAGAGUGCAUAAAACCCUUGUCUACAGCCCUUGAGAAACAUGGAUCAUAAACCUCAAGAUAUGAUGCGGUUGGGGGAUUCAAAAACCCUUUAUAUUGUGGUCCCAAUUUAAAACUGCAGCUAGUAAUAUACAACAGAUACAUUCAUGUUUAUGCUGUUAAGAGGUUUUUCGUUUUCUUUUAGUACUCGCUGGUUAGGAGGAUUGGAGUGAUCUAUGCAUACAAAGGGAACAUAAUCGAACACACAAUCAGCUCUCAGUGAGACCUAUACAAUAUCAAAGUAUAAUGUCUGUAAAGGUUAAUUCAUCGUAGAAUCGAAUUUUGUUCAGGAGAGUUUCAAAGUAUUUUAGCCUGCAUUCCGUUUUA